AUGGGCGCCAAAGUACCGCGAAACUUCAGAUUACUGGAGGAGUUGGAAAAGGGCGAGAAAGGCCUUGGAGCUGAGGCGUGUUCCUAUGGUCUCGCAGAAGGAGACGAUCUGCUGAUGUCCAACUGGAACGGCACCAUCCUUGGCCCACCACAUGUUGACCCCACCAAGCUCCCAUGCCUUGCCACCUGGACCCGCGAUAUGACGAUGGAAACUGUGUUGAUCGAGCUUCGAAGAUACAUGGCACAUCCUAACCACAAGAAACUCCCUCAACCCCCGGAAGGCUCGACCUAUUAG